GUGUGUUGAGCUCCUUUCUCCCAACACUCCCUCCUCACUAAGUGGACUUUGAGUCUUCAAUAAGAAGAAGCAGACUGCACUCACUGACACACACACACACAGUCGCUUGCCGAGGAGACGCACGCCCGUGCAUCAGGAACUUCUUUCCACUUACACAGUGCAAUGGCAAACAAGGGUCCUUCAUACGGUUUGAGCCGCGAGGUUCAGAGUAAGAUUGAUAAGAAAUACGACCCCGAGCUGGAGGAGCGGCUUGUUGAGUGGAUCGUGGCUCAGUGUGGUCCAUCAGCGGGCAGACCACAACCUGGCAAACAGGGCUUUCAGACGUGGCUCAAAGACGGAUGUAUCUUGUGUGAGCUCAUCAACAGCCUCUAUAAGGACUCAAAACCAGUGAAGAGGAUCCAGAACUCCAGCAUGGCCUUCAAGCAGAUGGAGUUGAUCUCUCAGUUCCUCACAGCUGCUGAGAAAUACGGAGUCACUAAAACCGAUAUAUUUCAGACGGUGGACCUCUGGGAGGGUAAAGAUUUGGCGGCAGUGCAGAUGACACUUAUGUCAUUGGGAAGUUUGGCGGUUACCAAGACUGAUGGUUGUUACCGUGGUGACCCCAACUGGUUCCAUAGGAAGGCGCAAGAGAACAAGCGGGAUUUCACAGAUGAGCAGCUGAAGGAGGGUCAGAGUGUCAUCGGCUUGCAGAUGGGCUCCAACAGAGGAGCAUCUCAGGCGGGAAUGACCGGCUACGGACGGCCACGUCAGAUCCUGUGAUUUCUGACCUACUUCACUGUCAGAGAGUGUUAAACACGCACCCAGUUCUAACCACUCAGUCAGAAAAACAAACUGAACGAUCGCAGGGACCUUAAAACAAACGCAAAGAAUCACUUUACUGUCGUAACACACAGUAACGUAGUCUUGAGGACGUGAACUUCAGAUACAUUCCAGGCAAAAACAAAAAUUCAUUUGAAAUUAGCCUAAUGCUAAUAAAUAUGACCCUAAUCUCAGUUUAUAUUUUUCACUGUAUAUUGAUUUUUUUCAAUAGAUGAUUUUUCAAAUAAAAUGUUUUCAUCAUA